GCGACUGGUUUGAAGUGCAAGGGCGCGAAGCUUCAGCGGCUAAAAUGAAAUAAAAAAGUAAAAUAAAAAAAAAUACAGAUUAUUAAACUCAAAUACGGGGGUUUAUCGUUAAAGCAGAGCCGCUGCAGCUCCGUCUCAGCAGAAUGACUCAGUCUGUGGUCGUCCAAGUUGGGCAGUGCGGUAACCAGGUGGGCUGUAGGUUCUGGGACCUGGCUCUGAGAGAACACGCACACGUCAACAAGAAAGGAAUUUAUGACGAAGCGCUGAGCAGCUUCUUCCAGAACGUUGAUCCCAGGAGGAGUGAUGGAGCAGGUGGAGGAGCUCCAGGGAGCAGGAUCUCAGCACUGAGGGCUCGGGCGGUGUUGGUGGAUAUGGAGGAGGGUGUUCUCUCUGAGGUUCUACAGGGACCCCUGCGGCAGCUCUUCAGCUCCACUCAGCUCAUUAACGAUGUGUCCGGCUCUGGAAACAACUGGGCGGUGGGUCAUCACUCUUACGGAGGUGUGUAUGGAGAGCAGAUAGUGGAGCAGGUGCGCAGAGCAGCAGAGCACUGCGACUGCCUGCAGUGCUUCUUCAUCAUACACUCCAUGGGUGGAGGGACGGGUUCUGGUUUGGGGACGCGGGUUCUGAAGCUGCUUGAGGACGAGUUCCCGGAUGUUUGCCGACUUGUUACGGCAGUGUAUCCGUCUGCUGAGGAUGAUGUCAUCACUUCCCCCUACAACAGCGUUCUAGCCAUGAGGGAGCUCACAGAACACGCAGACUGUGUUCUACCCGUUGAGAACCAGUCUCUGGUGGACAUUGUGAGUAAAAUCCAGCACAUGGCCCACAGUGGAAAACCAGGCAGUGUGAUAAAGAAGGACUGCACCAUCAUCUCAGGGCAGGGGGGCGUGUCCAGGACUGAGAAACCCUUCGAUGCCAUGAACAACAUCGUGGCCAACCUUCUGCUCAACAUUACCAGCUCUGCGCGCUUUGAAGGUUCUCUCAACAUGGACCUGAAUGAGAUCGCAAUGAACCUGGUCCCGUUUCCACGGUUACACUACCUGGUGUCCAGUCUGACUCCUCUCUACACGCUGGCAGAUGUUAAUAUUCCUACCCGCAGGCUGGAUCAGAUGUUCACUGAUGCCUUCAGUAAAGACCACCAGCUGAUGAGAGCUGAUCCCAAACACAACCUCUAUCUGGCCUGUGCUCUAAUGCUGAGGGGCAACGUCCAGCUGUCUGACCUCCGCAGGAACAUUGAGAGGCUGAGGCCGACUCUGUCGUUUGUUCAGUGGAAUAAUGAAGGAUGGAAGACGGGUCUGUGUUCAGUUCCUCCUGUUGGUCACUCUCACUCUCUGCUGGCUCUGGCUAAUAACACCUGUGUGAAGUCCUCAUUUACAGAGCUCAGAGAGCGCUUCGUCAAGCUCUACCGCAAGAAGGCUCACCUGCAUCACUAUCUGGCUGUGGAUGGGAUGGAUGUGGGAGGGUUCAGUGAGGCUCUGAGCUCUCUCUCUGCUUUGAUAGAUGAGUACAGUCAGCUGGACUCCACCAAAACAGCCCCCACCCAGGAUCCCCCCAGACUCAACAUCGCCACCUAACAUCCAGGACCCCCCAGACUCAACGUCACCACCUAACGUCCAGGACCCUCCCAGACUCAACUUCACCUAAUGUCAAGGUCCCUCCCCCCCCGAGACUCAACAUUGCCUAACGUCAAGGACCCCCCAGACCCAAAUAUUCACAUAAUGUCAAGGACCCCCGCAGACUCAAUACUGCAACGUAACGUCCAGGACUUUCCCAGACUCAACAUUGCCACCUAAUGUCCAGGACCACUCUAAGACUCAACAUUGCCAACUAACAUCCAGAACCCCCCAGAUUCAACAUCACCUCUUAAUGUUCAGGACCCUCCCAAGACUCAAUAUUGCCACCCAAUGUCCAGGCACCCUAAGACUCAACAUGAUUCUCCUAACGUCCAGGAACCCACAGACUCAACUAGGACUGCACAGCCUCUUAACGUCAAGGACCCCAGACACCUGAUUCAUAACUAAUGAAUUUCUAGGUUGUUUCUAUGAAUGUAUGAGUCGACUGCAGUAGCUCCUCAUGGUGCUCAGUUACAUGCUGUGCAUGUCGAACUGAAGGUUGUAAGUUAAUCAGUUAUUGAGGUAUUUAUUAUAAUGUAUGUAGUAAUUAUAAUGUAUGUUUGUUUACAGUUUUCUGGGAAGGUUGCACACAGUUAAUUAAACCACAGGAUCACUUA